AUGCCUCGCCCACUCACAAAAAAAGCGACCGCUUCCGGAUCCAGGAGCUCGUCUAAGCGGCCAGCACAGGAGACGCCAACUCGACAGUCUAAAAGAGCGAGGGCGUCAACAAGAAAGUCCUACGCCGAAUCUGGGUCGGACGACGAUGACGCAGUCCAAAAGAAACCAUCGCCGUCCGACAAGGGCGACGUGUCUGAGGCUUCUGAUUUUGAAGAAGCUGGGCACGCAGAACCAUCAUCGGAGUCUGAUCACGACGAAGUACCUUCCAGCGACGAAGACAUCAAAAGCAAGAAGGCUGCACCUCGUGAGCAAGGACAGAAGAAGAGCUUGCCUUCGCAUGUGAGAGAGGGUAACAAAAAGGAACUCUGGAAAUCGGGAGCGAAACUAGCUCCUGGCACACAAGUUAUCAUCAAGAAGCCCAAGGCCCGAGAUGCAGGCGAUACACCUUACACGGACGAUACGAUACAUCCAAAUACUAUGCUGUUCCUCAAGGAUCUUGCAGCCAACAACGAUCGGCAAUGGCUAAAAUUGCAUGAUCCAGACUAUCGAGCUGCACUGCAAGACUUCAACACUUUCACCGAGAAGCUGUCCGAGAAAGUGGUGGAAGCGGACGAGACGAUCCCAGAGUUACCCGUCAAGGACGUGCCAAAUGAUGGUAGCUUUGUUGAUAUUCGACACGAGCUUUCGUACUACAUCAGUGCGGGGGCUAUAAUAUGUCCGCUGCGGGUCAUGAUAGCUAGUAACACAACCGCCUGA